GUCCAUUUGGUAAAGCUUCCCGGAUUGCUGAAUUGAGGCGUCGAGCAUCGAUUGAAUCUGAUACUACGUUGUCAAUCUUUGACAGUGGAUCCUGAAGUUCUAUAAUACAUAAUUUCUGGAGAUCCAUUCACCAGGAAAAUAACAUAUAAGAAAUUAACUACCUAGCAAGUAUCCAUCCUUCACCUGCAAAGAUUUUGAGAACAGUGGAGCUCGAUGCAUCUGCCCUAACAGGCUCAAAGGCUUCACAAAAUGAGAUAGCAAAUGUUAAGGUAAUCUAUUUCAAUGUUUCGUGUUCUUUUGUCGUACAUUUAAUUUGUAUUUUUGGUUCCUACAUUACUCAUUUAGUUCUCAUGGCUUUUCAUACUGUUUUUGUCAAUUGUUGCUGGAGACUUUGAAUUACUUAGUUCAGGUUAAAGAUAUGAGCUAGCAGCCCAAUUUUCCUUAGGAACACUCACUCUACAUCUACAAACAUAUUUUCUACCCAACAAGAUGUAUCCAUCCUUAUGUCGCAAAGAAUCUGGAGAUCCAAGAGUAAGUGAUGAGUAAGGUCAAAUUUUCUCUCUCCUUCUGUCUCUUCUAUCUUGUCAAAAAAAAAUCACAAAAACAAUAUCGAAAUUACAGCAAACAACUUCACGAAAACAUACAACACCACCAAACACAAAAACAAGAGAAAAGCAAUUGACACGAAAAUAACUCACGCAAAUAAGAAACUCUCAUGCACAAAAUCCACGCAUAGUCGCAUACAAACAUAGCAAUAUAGCAUUCACGAACACGCAUAUAAACAUAACAUCCACGCACUGACGCACACAAACAUAGCAAUAUAGCACCCACGUACACGCACACGUACACGCACACGCAUAUAAACAUAGCAUCCACGUACACGUACACGCAAACAAAGAAACGAAAAAAUUCCCAACAACGACUUGUAACAUGAUUCCAUGACCACGAGAAGCUUAUUGUUUGAUUACUAUAUGAUUACAUGUAACAUGUUUUACCUUUUCGAAUACUUGUUGCUUAAUGAUUGUUGUUGGGAUUUAAUAUACAUUAAUUUAUAUUUUUUUGUUCCCUUCUGCGAGAAUUGUAAAUAUUGUUGUAAAUUGUAAUACAGAUUUUUUUUUUGAUUAAUAAAAAGUAAAUAAAUUGUUCAAUCAUUAUGUUUAGGGAUCCCAUUUUGUUUAUGUUUCCACAAAAUUAUAUUUGUGGGUCCUUUGGUUAAAAUAAUAUCAGAUAUUGGGUACCUUUAUUAGUAAAAAUAUCAAAAGAUUACGUAGGAGUUAUUUAUGCAAAACACUUUGAAAGUUUGGACUAUUCUGCACCGUUAAAAAGAAUUGGAAUAAUUUUGAAAAUACGGAAAGAUCCGUAGUAAUUAGUAAAUACAAAAAGAUAUGGCGUAAUUCGGUAAAUAUCAAAAGAUAUGGGAUGUUACUGUAAAUACCAAAAGAUUUAGGGUAAUUUAAUAAAUAAAAAAGAUUUGGGGCAUUUUGGUAAAUAUGUAAAGAUAUAGGGAUGAUGAGAUAAAUAUCAAAAGAUAGAGAGUAGAUUGGUAAAUAUAUUACAAUAUGAGACAGUUUGCUAAAUAUCCAAAGAUUAGAGGCAUGUUGGUAAAUAACAAAAGAUCUGACGUAUUUUUGUAAACACAAAAGAUCCAAAAUUACUUGAUAAAUAUUAAAAGAUGCAGUGAUCGUAAUACGUACGUUCUUUCUGCUACUAGCCAUUCCAAUUUAGUGGGUCGUUUCAGCAUCGAAAUAUAAAAAAAUAGUGCGUUGACCAAACCCUAAAACGCAGAGUUUUAAACUGAGAUCAGACCACACAAAAACGCACCGUUACAACUAAAGCAACCUAUCAAACACAACAACAAAAUAUAAUAAAGGAAUAUAAUAAAGGAAGUGAUCUUCUGUCUACUACUAACAAUGCUUCAGGAUUUAAUGAUCUUCUGACACUAUCAUUGGAUCACUUGAUCUGGUUUGCACAGAGCUUGAUCUGUUUCUAAGUUUCAUGGUUACCUGAAAUGGAUGAUGAUGUUCUGUUCUUUUUUGGGGUUUAAAGCUGCACCGUUUAGUGUGAAGCAACCGCUUGCUUUUUGUCAAUUCGAUGGAAGUGUAUGUUGUAACUCCAAGGAGGACUUGAAGUUGCAGAGACAGUUUAAAGCAGUCAAUGUAUCUGGGGGCUGUUCUCUACUUCUCAAAUCAUUACUUUGCUCGAAGUGUGAUCCUUUCGCAGCAGAGCUUUUCCGUGUUGAAUCAGAAUCUAGACAAGUUCCUGUUCUCUGCAACUCGACAGUUUCUUCUAAAAACUCAGCACAAUCGCUGGCAGAUGUUGAUUUCUGCGCCAGGUUUUGGAAUGAAUGCAAUAAUCUUUCUGUGACCAACACUCCGUUUGCAUCUCAAGCUGGAGAUGGAGGCAACAACACUUCUACAAUAUCCGAAACAUGGAAAUCAAGCAAUGACUUCUGCAAGAUUUUUGGUGGAGCUUCAGAUGAAUCAUCUGUGUGCUUCAAUGGCCAGGCGGUUUCGUUUAACAUUUCAAAAGCUACUGGUCCAUCUCCUUCAGGGAUAUGUCUUGAGAAGCUUGGAAAUGAGUCUUAUCUUAACAUGGUACCUCAUCCCGAUGGUUCUAAUCGCGUCUUUCUGUCUGAUCAACCCGGGAAGAUAUACUUGGCGACAGUUCCAGCUGAAGGAUCUGGAGAACUUUUGAAAAUAGACGAAUCUAACCUGUUUCUUGAUCUUACUCGAGAAGUGCACUUUGAUGCUGAGCUUGGUCUCUUGGGAAUAGCUUUCCAUCCAGACUUCUUGAAAAACGGUAGAUUCUUCGCAUCUUUCAACUGCGAUAAAGCUAAGUGGCCAGAAUGUUCUGGAAAAUGCGCGUGCAACUCAGAUAUCGACUGUGACCCAACAAACCUAGAUUCUGAUGAUGGAGCAAACCCAUGUCAAUACCAUAGUGUCAUAUCAGAAUUCUUUACCAAUGGGACUUAUGUUAGACCGGUGGAGGUAAGAAGAAUCUUUACAAUGGGUCUUCCUUUUACAACACAUCACGGUGGACAGAUCUUGUUCGGACCUAAAGAUGGUUACUUGUAUUUCAUGAUGGGAGAUGGAGGAAGUAAAGGAGAUCCACACAACUUUGCACAGAACAAGAGAUCGUUGCUCGGGAAGAUCAUGAGACUUGAUGUGAAUAGUGUUCUUGAUACAAAAGCCAUAAGCAAGUUUCAGCUAUGGGGAAACUAUUCUAUACCAAAGGACAAUCCGUUUUCUCAAGAUAAGAAUCUGCUUCCUGAGAUAUGGGCCAUGGGAGUUAGAAAUCCAUGGCGAUGCAGUUUUGAUUCAGAGAGACCAUCUUAUUUUCUUUGCGCAGAUGUUGGCGAGGACAAAUAUGAAGAAGUUGAUAUGAUCACUAAAGGAGGAAACUAUGGUUGGCAUAACUACGAGGGAACUUUGCCGUUUACUCCUUCGAGAUCUCCUGAAAUCAGCAACUCAACAACAAAGAUUGCAAAUCCAAUCUUCCCUGUAAUGAUGUACAAUCAUUCAGAAGGAUCAGCCUCAAUAACUGGCGGAUACUUUUACCGUUCCUCCACCAAUCCAUGUUUGUAUGGAACUUAUCUCUUUGCAGACUUAUACGCCGGAGUCAUUUGGGGUGGGACUGAAACUCCAGUUGGUAGUGGAAACUUCACGAGAUCUCAUAUUCCGUUACAAUGCGCUUCAGAUUCACCACUCCCUUGCUCAUCUGAAACAGAGCCCUCUGUUUCUUCAUCACCAUCACUUGGCUUUGUGUUCUCUUUUGGACAAGACAACAAUAAAGACGUCUACUUACUUGCAAGCACUGGUGUUUACAGAAUCGUUCGCCCGAGCCGCUGUAACUUCCAUUGCUCUCUUGAAAACACAACGUCCUUACCUCCUUCACAACAGCCUGAUCGUUCUCCACCGUCUCCCUCGUCGUCUAAAAGACUACUAAACAACAUAUGUACUCUUGUUAUAAAUCUCCUAGCUAAUUUGUGUUUUCUUUUGGUUGUAAUGUAGAGAAAGAAAUGAACAUUUUUUAAAGAUCCAAAAUUUGUUGCGACACCAAUUACUUUUUAGCCAGCAAUAUCAACAAACUCUGGUUCGUAAAGCU